UUACGUAACAAACGGGUGUACACCUGUAUGUUGCCAAGUCUCUACUGGCACAUAAACUAGAGACUAAUUGUAGGCUACAGCUAUGGCUAAACACAGUUUUUAAAUACAUUUAUAAUAACCGGCAUACAUUGUAUGCCGAUCAUCUAGCCUACAAUGUCGGUCCAACACCCCGACAGAGAGGACGACGUCGAAGGAAGAAGAGGAUUCUUCAUCGAACCAGAAUACGACUGGGACGAGGAGCAGGAUAAUGUAGACCACCACACACUUAUUUUACAAAAAGCUGAUGCACUGGCAUCAGAAAACCGUCUCAAAGAAGCCAUCGAUGUUUACUCGAUGGCCUUGAGAUAUGGUUCUGUAGGGCCGGAGCAGAUGAGCACUUUAGUGGAUUGUAUUCUGCGCAACUUCAAGAGAAAGCUGGGAAAGGAUGAGGCGCCUUCGGAACGAAAGCUACAUAUUUUGGAUACCGCCGGGGAGGAGGAUGUUUUUGACUGCUCGAAUUGUCACAGAUUUCUAGGCGAGCCCGUGACUAUCGGCUGUGGACAUUCGUACUGUAAAAGAUGUUUACAACAUCAGCUGCUCUCCAAAUGCAAGCUGUGUAGCGAGGUAGGAGGCAUGCCGACGGAGCUUAAAACGAAUGUGAUUCUAUUCGGACUUUUGGAAAAGUGGUUUCCGGAGGAGCUGAAAAGGUCUAGAGCUAUUAGUGAAAUUGAAGACCUGUCUCGAAGGAAACAUUUCGAGGAGGCCGUAUCACUAGCGACAGAUAUGAUUGAAUCUGAUCCUGGGGAUGAGGCAGUGCGGUGGUCACGGGUCAAGGCCUACACCGGGCUCCAGCAGUACCGAUUGGCCCUGGAGGACGCUGAACUCUGUCUUAGCUCUGCCCACUCUGCAGAGGGUUUCUACUGGAAGGCCAAGGUGCUCCAGGACAUGGGCCAGGUGGACGACUCGCUGCAGGUUUUCCUCCACUGUCUGGCCCUGGACGAGGACUUCACCCUGGCAAAACGAGAGGUGGAAAUGAUACUGUGCGACCUGCUGUCUCCGGCCGGCGAGAACGUGAAGGUGGGCCUGAGGGAGACGGCGCAGAGCACAUCGCCUCACCUGCGUAGUAAAACUGUGGUAGCGGACGCCCAGACCAGAGCCCAACAGCAUCAGGCCAGAGCCCAACACCCUGCCCUGCACCAAGUCCAGGCUCGCACUUCCUUGGCACAACCCAGCCCCGUCGCACAACACGAGAAGCCGGGUCGCUCCGGGAGCCUGGAGCGUUCGGGCCUCAGCCGCGGUCACUCGGCGCGAGCCCACGGCCUGGGUCUGGGCAGCUUGGAUGAGGGUCUGAAACGUGUCUGCUCCGCACCCCAGCUGGGGGACCAGGAGAAAGGCGUGCUGCUGAAGAGGAAGCUGUCGGCCUCCGAGGGCGGACCCCACGUCGUCUACAGCCACGGGAGCAAGCAUAAGAAACAAGGAGGGGCCUGUGGUGUUUCGAGCCAGGGAGCCUCAGUGCGAGCUCACAGAGUCGUACCCAGGGACCUACUGGACCCCAACGACCUGGAGUGUUCCCUCUGCAUUAGAUUGUUCUACGAACCGGUGACCACGCCGUGCGGUCACACCUUCUGUAAAAACUGCCUGGAGCGCUGUCUGGACCACACACCCCAGUGCCCCCUCUGCAAGGAGAGCCUCAAAGAGUACCUAGCAGCCAGGAAGUACACAGUCACCAGUGUGCUGGACCGAGUGAUAAAGCAGUACCUGUCUGAGGAGCAGUCGGAACGGCAGAAGACUCACCUAGAGGAGACCAAAGAGCUCGCAGACCUGACGAAGAAUGUCCCCAUCUUUGUGUGCACCAUGGCCUACCCGACCGUGCCGUGCCCCCUGCACGUCUUCGAACCGCGCUACCGCCUCAUGAUCCGCCGCUGCAUGGAGACGGGCACGCGGCAGUUUGGGAUGUGCAUCAACGACGCUCAGAAAGGAUUUGUGGAGUACGGCUGCAUGCUGAUCAUCCGGAGCGUCCACUUCCUCCCAGACGGGCGUUCCGUGGUGGACACCAUCGGAGGGAAGAGGUUCCGGGUGCUGACCCGUGGGAUGAAGGACGGGUACUGCAUCGCCGACAUCAAGUACCUGGAGGAUACCAGGGUGAGCGACGACGAAGAGCUGACACAGCUGCAGCAGCUGCACGACGCCGUUUACGAACAAGCGCGCACCUGGUUCCAGAACCUCAAGAACCGCUUCCGCAACCAGAUCCUUCAGCACUUUGGCGCCAUGCCAGAGAGAGAGCCCGACAUCCAGGCGACACCCAACGGUCCGGCUUGCUGCUGGUGGCUGCUGGCCGUGCUGCCCAUCGACCCUCGCUACCAGCUGUCGGUGCUUUCCAUGACCACGCUGCGCGAACGCCUGGUCAAGAUCCAGCACAUCCUCUCCUACCUGCAGAGCAUCCCCAACGAGUAGAAGAGUAGAGUUCCACCCGACCACCGCUACUUCUUACAUCCUGGUUCCGACACCGUGUACCUCCAUACCACAUCUAACAACACAGACUCCCACGACUCCAUACAUCGGAUGUCGCUACUUAUUACUGCUGAGGCAUCCCCCACAAGACAUCCGUGAGACAUCUGGACAGUGAGACGUCAAUGAGACAUCUCCCCGAGAAGACAGAGUCACACAACACUUCUACGACACCAGCAAGAUCCCAGUCACAUAAGCAGCUGGCUUUAGCAACACGACAGCUAGAUUUAGCAACACGACAGCUAGCUUUAGCAGCACGACAGCUAUCACAAACCAGCUAGGUACAUCAGCGAGAAUCCACAGACGGCUGAGAAAUCAGCCCAAUUCUAAGAAUUGGUCUUAUCUCUUGUAAUGACGCUUUCUUUCUGUCUCUCUCUCUCUCCACCCUCCAGGGGCGUUCUUGUCUCUGGUUUUUGGUGGAUGUGUGUUUGUUUCUAGGGGUGGACGGUGCUUCUGUGCAAAUCCCAAAUGCUGAAAUUGAGUCUGUCGGAGG